GCGCUCGGACGAGAAAAAGGAUGUAAGUAAGUGAGUUAUGUCUCGUCGUAAAGUGCCAUUAUUUUCGGGUUAAUCACUCCGUCGAAGAAGUGGUCGGUUCUUCGCUUUUCCUGCUGCUAGGCCUGGCCUUCUGGUUAUUGUGAUUUGUGCUCGCGAAGUAGAAUGACUGCGCCUGCAGCUGGCGAGCUACAUUCAACGUGGUUAGUGCUCUUUGUGGUGCUUUGUGUACGGUGCGCUUAUGUGCAAUUUUCGGCAAAUUAGGCGCGCUUGCAUCGUGCGAAAUUUUUCUUUUUAUCUUCGCGCGUCAAGUUUCAAAGAUCAAACGGCAGAUCAUUAAACAUGAAAAUAAACAUAUCGACCAUAAACGACGUUAUAAACGACUCCUUGUCAUUAGACAGUAAUGUCUUAAAUACCGCAUUAAGAUUACAAUAUGAAGCGAACUGGACGGAUGCCCAGCGCUCUCUUUCCUCAGUCAGCUCGAGCAGCAACAACUCAUCGACCAAUUUGUACAUCAGCGACGACGUUCACAGCUACGACAUGUGGCCGAAAUCGAACUCGCCUCGCGCGUCCAAAUCCGUACGAUUUUGCGAAAACGAUUUCGACCACACCGUCAACAGUAAAAAAGUGACCCACGUGCCGGUGCACGAGUGGGUGGGCGACGGCAGGGCGGCCGUCAAGUUCGAAACGGCCAACUUCAAACGUACAAUCAGCGCGAACCAUUUGAAUGGUUUUUCGAGCGAAACCAACGAAGAGCCCAGGUCCGAGUUGAACUCCCCGAAGAAGUUGCGACAGAGAAUUCCCCCAAAAAACAUUCCUAACAAUUCGAUUAGUGGUAGUAGUGAUGAGGACGAGGACGCUUACGGGAACGGUGACAGUGUGAGGGUGCGACGACAAGAGCGAAACGGUGAUUUUCUAAUACCGCGGCCGAAACUUUUAGUUCCUGUGCAUAGUUAUUCGACGCGGCGGAGGAGGACAGGCAACUUGUUUAACGCGAAAGUUUCGGAUUGCUCCGAUGAUGACGAGAAUGAGGACGUAAGCAACGACGGUGAGUUGUUCUUCCAAUUGUAUGUGCAGCAUUUUGUCUUGAAAGAGAGUUGA